AUUCCGUGCGCCAUGGAUGGAGGUCGGCCUGUCGUCGGUGCGCUGAACAUUGCGCAGGCUUCUGCGCUCUUUGUGCGGUUGUACUCUCGCCUUGCCGCUCAUGAGAUUGCGCACACACUUGGUUUCAACUAUGAUGUGAUGGUGUCCCGCGGGAUGGUGGCGAACAUCACGGGUGUGCGCAGCAAACCGCAGGUCACGGUUGUGAACUCUUCCAGGACUGUGGAGAAGGCCCGAGCGCACUACGGCUGCGACAAACUUCCCGGCAUGGAGCUGGAGGAUGAGGGCGGCGAGGUAUACGAGUUGUCGCACUGGAAGCGGCGCAACGCGAAGGAUGAGCUGAUGGCUGCGCCGUUGGGUUUAAGUGCUCAUCUGUACACUGCACUGACGAUGGCGGCGUUCGAGGAUAUGGGCUUCUUCCGGGCGAAUUGGGGGAUGGAGGAGCCGAUGGGCUGGGGCAGUAACGCCGGCUGCGACCUGCUUCAAGAGAAGUGCCUGACGAACGGCACCACGAAAUACCCAGGCAUGUUCUGCAGUGAGCGGAUUGUAAAGUGCACAUCGGACCGCACGGGCCUUGGUGAGUGCUCGCUUUACGAAUACGACAGCGCGCUUCCAGAAUGGUUUCAGUACUUCUCCAACCUUAACAUUGGUGCAUAUCCUCUUUCUCUCACGGACUACUGCCCUGUUGUGGAGUACAGGUACCAAGUGUGCGCUGAGACAGAUCCGCCUGCGCAAGAAGGAAACAUUAUAAGCAGUGACUCGUGGUGCCUGGACGGUAACGAGCUUACUGUGAAUACGCCGUUGGGUGCAUCCCAGACAGGUGGUGUCUGUGCG